GAGAGAGAGACAAGCACAUAAGUCAUGACAGUGUCAUGGUCAAGGUAAAAAGAGAGCUUGGAGAGGAGAAAGGGGCGACCUGUCUGAAGAAGGGAAGGAAGUAAGCCGUUUAUACUUAAGCCGCAUAUGUGAUGAAAAGAAAAGAGAUCUGCUUUGGAAUCCUAGCUCCACAACUUAUUAUCCCUUACCCUCUAUGCCUUGGUGUGCUCAUCUAUAAAAUGGGAAUUAUACAAUUUAUCUUGAAGAGUUGUGGUGAGGAGUAAUGGACAUCUCAGUUCUGCAUGUUUGAAGAUCAUGUUUGUAAAAAGGAUCUAGUUUGUGAAAAGUGUCCACACUACCUUGGGCUUGUGCAGGUUCUCAACAAGUAAGAACUUCUGACUAUAGCAUUGGUCCUAUCUCCCACCCCUCCCAGUGUCUAUUACAUCACCCUGGAUGAAAUUGUCCUCGUGGAUAUCUAUUAUUUGGUUGAUUGACGUCAUCAUGGAUAUGAAAAAGGCCCAUCAUAUCAGGAAACGUGGCCAUCAGGAACUGCCCCAGAAAGGAUCUAUUCCUCUUUCUGAGAACCAUGAAUUUGGAAUUCAGUACUUGGAAAUGUGACCUAGCAAAAGACACAUGGGCAAGAGCUAUGCUUUUCCAUUUCACCAUGGAGAGCCGGAGGCGUGCCAAGGAGUUGGGGGCCUCAAGUCAGGAAGCAGAACAGCAAUACUGUCUCUUGACCUGCUGCAUCCCACUGAUGAAGGCCAGGGCUUUCAUGAGUCCAGGUCUUUGAAGUCACACCACGAAGCUCUUGCAUCAUGACACACAGCAUGGAAGAGGAGUCCUGACUUAGCGAGAAGCCCAAGUAAAGUCUUUUAUGAGGGAAGAGACUCUUCUGAAGAAACACAACAAAUGUAGGGAAGGGCUUUUGACAAUCACCAAAUGAGCAAAAAAAAAAAAAAAAAAAAAAAAAAAAGGUGGGGGUUGCCUUACGUGGCCACACCCUCCACGGACGAGGUAUAAAUGCUCCCUGGAGGAAGGAGACCCACUGCUCUACAACCUGGAGAUUUUGGACUCUGUCUUCAGCUGGGCACUCCCUCCCUGCACCAUGUCUUACAGUUGUUGCCUGCCCAGCCUGAGCUGCCGCACCAGCUGCUCCUCCCGGCCCUGCGUGCCCCCCAGCUGCCACGGCUGCACCCUACCUGGGGCCUGCAACAUCCCCGCCAAUGUGGGCAACUGCAACUGGUUCUGCGAGGGCUCCUUCAAUGGCAGUGAGAAGGAGACCAUGCAGUUCCUGAACGACCGUCUGGCCAGCUACCUGGAGAAGGUGCGUCAGCUGGAGCGGGACAACGCGGAGCUGGAGAACCUCAUCCGGGAGCGGUCCCAGCAGCAGGAGCCCUUGGUGUGCGCAAGCUACCAGUCCUACUUCAAGACCAUCGAGGAGCUCCAGCAGAAGAUCCUGUGCAGCAAGUCUGAGAAUGCCAGGCUUGUGGUGCAGAUCGACAACGCCAAGCUGGCCUCAGACGACUUCAGGACCAAAUAUGAGACCGAGAUGUCCCUGCGGCAGCUGGUGGAGUCGGACAUCAAUGGCCUGCGCAGGAUCUUGGAUGAGCUGACCCUGUGCAGGUCUGACCUGGAGGCCCAGGUGGAGUCCCUGAAGGAGGAGCUGCUGUGCCUCAAGCAGAACCAUGAGCAGGAGGUCAACACCCUGCGCUGCCAGCUUGGAGACCGCCUCAACGUGGAGGUGGACGCUGCCCCUGCUGUGGACCUGAACCAGGUCCUGAAUGAGACCAGGAGUCAGUAUGAGGCCCUGGUGGAAACCAACCGCAGGGAAGUGGAGCAAUGGUUCGCCACGCAGACCGAGGAGCUGAACAAGCAGGUGGUAUCCAGCGCAGAGCAGCUGCAGUCCUACCAGGCGGAGAUCAUCGAGCUGAGACGCACGGUCAAUGCCCUGGAGAUCGAGCUGCAGGCCCAGCACAACCUGCGAGACUCUCUUGAAAACACACUGACGGAGAGCGAGGCCCGCUACAGCUCCCAGCUGUCCCAGUUACAGAGCCUGAUCACCAAUGUGGAGUCGCAGCUGGCGGAGAUCCGCUGUGACCUGGAGCGGCAGAACCAGGAGUACCAGGUGCUGCUGGACGUGCGUGCCCGGCUAGAGUGUGAGAUCAACACGUACCGGAGCCUCCUGGAGAGCGAGGACUGCAAGCUCCCCUCCAACCCCUGUGCCACCACAAAUGCAUGUGACAAGUCCAUUGGACCCUGUAUCUCUAAUCCCUGUGGCCCACGUGCUCGGUGCGGGCCUUGCAACACUUUUGGGUGCUAGAGGCCCCAUGACCAGGAGGAGAAGAAAGGCAUCAGUCACACCUCAACUCUACUUCAUCCCAACAUCUCCAACAGUGAACACACUUUGGAAAGAGGCAGAAACCUUUCUAUCAGCCCUGGCUUCCAGGGGUCAGCUCUAACCUCCCACUGUAUUCCCUGGCUUGAUUCUUCAGCAUAAGGCUGCAAAAUCUGUCUUCUGAGUCACAUAGAGAGACCUACAGCAGGAUCAAGAUCAAGUAAUAUCUAUCAUCAUAAAGACGCAUUUGCAUAACAUGUUAUACUUGAACAAAACUUAUCUAAAUGCAAUUUAGGGAAAAUUCAAUUAAUUGUGACAAAACUGAUGGGCAUGCUAUGAAACAGAACAUAAUUGGAAUAAAUCUUCCUUGUCACUCUUGGUCUUUGGAGACGCAAUAGAAAUCCUUUGUUAACCUCCUAAUAAACUCUUUUUCAA